UAUAUAUAUAUAAAAAUAAUAUAGUUUCAAAAUAUAUUUAUAUACACACAGCACACAUUAUUUAAAUAAAAACUUUUAUUUUGCAUGCUGUCAUAAAGAUUGAUUCAUUGGUAACAUUUUGUCAUUUAAAGCUAACUUAAUGUUCUUCCUCUGAGUUUAGGCUUUUUUUUUGUCUCCAGUAUGAGCUCCACAUCUUCACACGAUACGAGCAAUAAAAGCCUAUGAAAGAUGCUCAACGAUAAACAAAAAAACAAACAAACAAACACUGACUAUCAAUUUUAACAGGCCAGGCUUCACAGGGUUAAUACGUCGGCCUCUGAAGCAACAAAGCAGGAAAAAAAAGUCUUGGUAUGCAGAUUAACAUCGUCCCUUUUAACGCAAUAACCGUUUGGUGAACCAUAAAGCUUUCUUUGUGCUGAAUGUAGGUCAGUACGCUAAGAGAAACGUGUAAUAUAUACGUUUAAGAGACAAAACACAGCUGAACGGAAUAAAAUAAAAAGGUUAAAUAUUAAACCGCGUGCGUUAAAUCCCAGAAGCUGAGGUAACCGUCGUUUAUUGCCUGGCAAGAACUAGGUUAUGAAAGCUUUAGUUUGCCGAUAACGGCUGUCGAAGCUCGAGGGAGUUUAUCGAGAUUAACUCGUACGGCGAACAACCCGUCACGUGACUUUCUGGACCUCUUAACACUUGAUGUACAAACUUGCCUGAUCAAAACAUCACUCGAUCAACCGGUCUUCAUCUGUUAUCAAAGACAGUUUCACUGACUAUUCACUGAAUCCUUCGGUUAUUAGACCUUCACCAGGAUGUGGGUUUAUCACUUAAUUAGCGCUGUUGUUUAUAGCUCUUAUUUUGAAAUGGCUCGCGGAAGUUCGUUGGUCGCGUCAUCAGUAUGGAGGAGUCUGUGGCGGACGGCGUGUCGGCGCCUUUACCCGGGCGAUGUGCUUUUUAUGUAGCAAAAAAGAAAAGAUACUGCAAGAUGCUUGUUGGACGUGGGAAGACCUUAUGUGGAGAACACGCAAACGCUGGUGAAGAGAGUGAGAAAAAACGAAUACCCUGUCCUUUGGACCCGAAACACACUGUAUUUGAAGAUAAUUUGGCUAAACACCUGAAGAAAUGUAACUCUAAGGAGAAACCAAAACCUAUUUAUUAUAUGAAAGACAUCAAUGCAGGUUCUGGAAGUGAGGAUGAAACCAAAGAGGAGAUAACCAUCGCUGAACGAUCUAAAGAGGAACUGGAUGAGCUAAUCAUCAAACUCAAAACUGCAUUGAAAGGUCUAAAUACCAAACUUAUUGAAAACUCACUGUCACAUUCUGCUCUACACGAGCCUCUAAAUGACCCAAAGAAUGGAGAUUCUGCCUUUAAACACCUCAAGCAACAGGCCUCGAUUCUUGGAAACAUGGAGCUUUUGGAACUGCUCAAACCAAAUAGAUGCUACAUAGAGUUUGGAGCAGGGAAGGGAAAACUGUCCCACUGGAUUCACAUUGCUCUUAAAGAAGCUGAAAAUGUCCAUUUUUUACUUGUGGAAAGGUCCAGUACUCGCUUUAAGGUAGAUGGCAAGCACAAAAAUGCAGACUCAACUUUUGAUAGGCUUCAGGUUGAUAUUCAGCACCUUGAUUUACGGAAGGCCCCUCUUUUGAGAGAAAAAGGACUUCCUGUUAUUGGUGUUGGGAAGCACCUGUGUGGUGCAGCAACUGAUCUAGCCCUUCGUUGUUUAUUCGAGCACAACUGCUCCGAGGAAGAUGAUGAACCUCCAACCAAGCGUGUAAAACUCCAUCAGAAUGAGGGUGCUUGUGGUGAUAUUAAGCCUGCUUCCUCAACCAAAGGCCGGGAAACUGGUAAAAAGCUCAUAGUGUCAGGACUGGCUAUUGCGCUUUGCUGCCACCACCGCUGCGACUGGAGACACUAUGUGGGAAAAGAGUUCUUCAGGCAGAAAGGUCUUGGACCGGAAGAGUUUGCUGCCUUUCAGCGCAUGUCGAGCUGGGCCACAUGUGGGAUGAGAAAAUUUGCCUCUAAGAUAAGAGAAAAACCAAGUGAACUCAAAACGGAUGAAGAGGAAGAGCAUGAGAUGAGCGAAAAAGCUUUACCUGAUACCCUCAGUGGUUUGAUGUCAGUUGAAGAUCGGGAACAGAUCGGAUGGCUUUGUAAACGUCUGAUUGACCAUGGCAGAUUGUAUUACCUCCAGAAAAAAGGCUUUGAAACCAGCCUGAAAUAUUACACAAGCAGAGACGUUUCGUUGGAGAAUGUGUUACUAACUGCUGUUCCCGCAGCCAAUCAGAAUAGAGAUGAAUCUCAACAGACUUCUUAAAAACAAGCACAGGUGCAGGACACGUAUGCUUCAUUUUAUUUAAUCAAUGUUUAUGGAUUUCUUUUUUUUACUUUAGCUUAACCAUAAACAUUAGUUAGAGCAUACUAGAAGCAGCAAUUUCAACAAACAGCAAAGGCGACAAGACAUUUAAAAGGGCGAGAAGUGCUCUUCGCAGAACUUGGCAUGAAGGACCAGAGGAUCAAGCCUGAAGACGGACGAGCAGACAGAAGCCAGCAUGCAAGUCACAUAGAUGAUGCCGUCUCUGACACGCCAUCCAACGUCACAUUUAGCACUGACGUAAACGUUUGGGAUCCUGCAAGAGACAUUUAACACAGAAGCUGGUCAUUAAGAGGCCUUUGGGACUUUAAUUUCUUGUCUGUUUUAUUUAUGCACCAUUUUAUAAUAAAGCUCUGCUACCAGGUUUGCACGCAAUACA